CACAAUCUCGGGAUUAAGAAGGGUGAUGUCGUUAUGAAUUUACUUCCCAACUCGCCGGAAUUUGUUUUCACGUUUCUUGGAGCGUCGUAUCGCGGUGCUAUUAUGACGGCGGCGAAUCCGUUUUACACGGCGGUGGAAAUUGCCAAACAGGCGAAAGCUGCUAAUGUGAAAUUGAUUGUCACCAUGGCUUGCUUUUAUGAUCGGGUUAAGGAUUUGGGUGAAAAUGGUGUCAAAAUUGUGUGUGUUGAUUAUGCUGUUGAGGGUUGUUUGCAUUACUCUGUUUUGAGUGGCGCGGAUGAAUCCCAUUUGCCGUUUGUGGAUUUCGCCGCCGAUGAUGUGGUGGCGCUGCCGUACUCCUCCGGCACUACCGGUUUGCCAAAGGGUGUUAUGUUGACUCAUAAAGGGUUGAUCACAAGCGUUGCUCAACAAAUCGACGGCGAAAAUCCGAAUCUGUAUUAUCAUGGUGGUGAUGUUAUCCUCUGUGUUUUGCCGUUUUUUCAUAUCUAUUCACUCAAUUCGAUUUUGCUGUGUGGAUUACGCGCCGGUGCUGCGAUUUUGAUAAUGCAAAAAUUCGAAAUCGUUUCGUUUUUGCAAUUAGUUGAGAAAUAUAAAGUGUCGAUCAUGCCGAUCGUGCCGCCAAUAUUUUUAGCCAUUGCUAAAUCGCCGGAUUUGGUGAAAUACGACGUGUCGUCGGUGAGGGUAUUGAAAUCCGGUGGAGCGCCGCUGGGGAAAGAAUUGGAAGACGCUGUGAGGGAGAAGUUUCCAGCGGCGAUUCUCGGGCAAGGAUAUGGAAUGAGCGAAGCCGGUCCGGUUCUGACCAUGAGUUUAGCGUUUGCGAAAGAACCGUUUCCGGUGAAAGCCGGCGCCUGUGGGACGGUGGUUCGAAAUGCAGAGAUGAAGAUUGUUGAUCCGGAAACCGGCGCGUCGUUGCCGGCGAAUUCCGCCGGAGAGAUUUGUAUUAGAGGGGAUCAGAUCAUGAAGGGAUACUUAAACGAUUUGGAGUCUACGAAGAGGACUGUUGAUAAAGAAGGAUGGCUUCACACCGGCGACAUUGGGUUCAUCGACGACGACGACGAGCUUUUCAUCGUCGACCGGCUUAAGGAACUGAUAAAAUUCAAGGCGUUUCAGGUGGCGCCGGCGGAGCUGGAGGCUCUUCUGAUCACUCACCCCAAACUAUCCGAUGCGGCUGUGAUUGGUAUGCCGGACGAGCAGGCCGGAGAAGUGCCGGUGGCGUUUGUGGUGAAGGCGAACGGCGGCGCGAUCACGGAAGAAGAUGUAAAGCAAUUCAUAUCAAAACAAGUGGUGUUCUACAAAAGGCUAAAACGAGUGUUUUUCGUGAACGCGAUUCCAAAGGCUCCGUCGGGUAAAAUCCUUAGAAAACAGCUCAGAGCCAAACUGGCUAAUGGUGCUUAUGAUUAAACAUCAAAUUCCCCUGUAUCGUCUCUACUCCAAACUGACAGCAUUUCUUUUUUUUUCUUUUUUUUUUUUAAA